ACAGAGUAUAGAGCCAUCGCAAGAGCAAGAGAGUGGCCAGUCGUAGACCGGCCGAACUAGCGGUCGGAUCACACACGUCGUCUCUUUUGAUUUUUACCUUUUGUUUUUCCUUUCAUCUGUUCACCAAUCAACCGAAUCGAAUAUCAAAAUCAACCAUUUCGCCUUGAAACGUCGAUUCGGUUUCUUCUUCUUCAUCGACACUCGACCGAGAGAAAUCAAUUUGCAGUGCGGUUGUUUUCUGGUGAUUUCGGUUGGACCCGAUAUCGGAGUGUGACAGAGCGCAGUGAUCGCGUUCGUGACAUCAUCAUCGGUUCUUCCUCAGCGAAAUUUUUGAUUAAAAAACCUCCUCAGUGUGCCAAGUGUGUUUUUGUUGUUUAAAUAUUGCCGAUUCUUCAAGUGUCGUCCGUUUUCUCUCUGGCGACUUGAACGCCGGAACUUGAGACUAUACCGACAGAGACAAGCCGGAAACGCGCGUGAAACGGAACACAGUUUUAUUCUUGGUUUGAAAGUGACAAAAGUUUUGGUUUGACGAUUCAUCGCUAUAACAUGGCCGUCUUCGCCGCCCAGCAUCAAUCCGUCGCCUGCGACACACUCAAAAUGAACCAGCUGUGCAAAGUGUGCGGUGAGCCAGCUGCCGGCUUCCACUUUGGCGCCUUCACCUGCGAGGGUUGCAAGUCGUUCUUCGGGCGAUCGUACAACAACCUGUCGGUGAUAUCAGAGUGCAAGAACGGCGGCCAGUGCGUCAUCAACAAAAAGAACCGGACGUCUUGCAAGGCCUGCCGACUGCGCAAAUGCCUCCUGGUGGGCAUGUCCAAAAGCGGCUCCCGUUACGGCAGACGCUCCAACUGGUUCAAACUCCACUGUCUCAUGCAGGAGCAAGGGCCCGUUUCCUCCGUGUCCGUCUCCUCUUCCUCGCCGAAUUCCAACGGCAACAACAAUAACAACAUCAGCAGCAGCAACAACAACAACAAUAAUAACAGCGGCUCCAUGUCGAUGGGUGGCAACAACCCGUCGCCAAAUUCGUCGGCCGAGUCUUUCGGCGUUCACCACCAACCGGACAGUUUCCAUCAUCACCAUCAGCAGGCACUGCGACGGGCCGGUUUCCAUCAGCACCACUUGAUGACCGCGGCCGCCAUGGUCGUCGGUGGUCCUGGGGUACCGUCCAGCAUGUCCAGCAACGAGUCGAACAAAGAUGACGCCGAAGCCGAGUGCAAGAAUUCGUCGGCCUCUCCGUCCGUCAGCUCGCCCGGAUCACCUCACCACUCGGAUUCUUCGCUGGAGUUGGAUCCGUCUUCGGUGCCCAGCGGGGAGCGAAGCAGUGGCAAGCAGAGCCACCGGGGGCACCACAACAACCACCACAGCAGUUUACAUCAUCACGCCGCACUGGCCAGUCUGGCCGGUCACCACCACAAUCCUUUCGGUCUGAAACAGCCGUUCAAUCCGGCCGAUUUCUUCCGGCCUUUGGGUAUGCCGAUGCUUCCGCCUCACUUGCAAGCAGCGGCGGCGGCUGCGGCGGCUGCUGCGGCUGCGGCCAACCUCCACCAUCACCACGGAUUCUAUCCGCCAAACCUUCCGGCGCCUAGGCUCCUGUUCCCAGCCGGAAUGGGCUUCCCGUCGUCGGUCAACACGCCGCCCACCAGUCUCAGCGGCAGCGGGUCCAAGUCUCACAGCUCCUCCUCGGCCACGCCCAACUCACUUCUGCUGGAUGCCGCCGGAGCCAGAGCCGCCAAAAAGUUCAACAUCGAGUCGAUGCUUCAUCUCCACCAGCAGCAGCAACAGCAGCAACAGGAACAGAUGCAGAAACAACAACAACAGCAACAACUCAAGCGUUCUACCUCGUCAUCGUCGCUCAAGCUGACGCCCCCGCCGUCUCAGCAGCGAUCGGCGCCGGCGGAGGAGGAGCAGGACACGCCGAUGGAUCUGUCGGUGAGGAGUUCAUCGGUGGCCAUCAAGGAUGAAAACCUGUCAGAGCACUCGGGUUGCGCCGGAUCGUACCACCGACUCUAUCACGGCGAUUCCGAUUACGACAGUAACGAGAGCGACACGCUCAACGCCGCCGACAUUGACGACAUCGACGACGACGAUUCGGAUCAUCAGGCCGGAGGAGCUGACGGUGGCAGCGACAUGGAACGGAAGCCUUUUAUUCCGCUAGAUUUGACGCGGAAGUAAAAACAAAAAAAGACAAAAACAAAAAUGGUAUUAGAUAGGACGGCGCGUAUGCAUCAUUAGAGAUUAGAGCCAUUGUAGGACCGUGCUGUGCCACUCACUUGUGCCCUGGGCGUGGCUUAUUCCUUAUUUCUACCCUCCCGUUUUGAUUCUUUUCGUUCGUGUCAAACUCACUAGACCAACUACUUGUACUGCCCGCCUUCUCUCUCUCUCUCUCUCCACCACAUUCAACCAAAACGUUGUUGAUCCUCAAAAACACAUUCCGGAAUUGAAUGGCGAACAAAAAGAAACGAAUCAUUCCGGAAACCAAAAGACAAAAAAAAAAAAACAUAAAAAUUCGAUUAGAGAAUCUAUAUAUCAAAUUCCCGGUGGUUUUUUCAAAUUUUUAAUUCAAUUUGUAAGGUUUGUUAUUACUAUGUAUCUCGGCUACGUGUGAAAAAAACUGUGAGUGUUUUACGUUUUCGACGUGUUUAGGAUGUGGAUAUCGGAUUAACAAAUCCCCGCAUUCAUUUCCAUAAUAAUGGCCAGUUCGUUGCGCGUUUUUCCGAUGGGUUUUUUUUCCGUUCUCGAAACGACGAUGACACAAGCACUUUUCUUUCACGAUAAGAUUUCCAAAUUCUAGGUUGCCAAUAAUGAUUCCGAUAAGAUGACUAAGUUGUGUCAAGAUUCUUUUCAGAGCCUAAAAAAGUUAUGUUGACGCCGUGGCUGUCGGCCAUGGUGUAUUUCAUCCCUUGUUUGAUUGAUAAACUUUGCAUACAGUACAGCAGUUGAUUCAUCGCUGAUAAUGCAAAUGAUUUCCGAUGCCAGUGAUCCAUUUCCUCCCUCACUACAUUCUUCUAUUCUUUCCAUGAUUAUCUCGGUCGCGCUGUCUUUUAUGUUUUGUUUCCUUUUUCGUGGCUUUUUCUUGUAUUUUGUAAGAGAUGUAAAUAGUGUUUUUUUUAAUAACAAUUUGUGUGCGUUCCGGUGCAGACGAGAUAGACAUAAUUAUAUCUAGGAUUAUUAUAUUUUUUCCUCCCCCCUUUGUUUUUUUUUCUUCAUUCCUUCACGACUCCCUUAUAUAUCCUUCCCUCCUGUAUAUUCAUGUGCUGUGUGUGUUCGCUCGGCGAUUGGUCGGAGUAUGGUUCAUUAAAAACACUUUGAUUGCCGGGAGAAAUGGGUUGGGUUGGGUGGGGUUGAAUAAGAUUUAAAAAAAAAAAGAAAAGAAAAAAAGACGAAAGGGGCAUUGAGCCAGUUUGUUUCAGCUAAUGUAUAUCAUUGCCACACAUUCCGUGUCGUGUAGCGACUCUCUUUUUUUUUUCUCCUCUACAGCCAUUUCCUUCUCCCCGCUAAAUACGUUUCAUUUGUUUCUUUUUUUUUCUCUCUCUUGGAAAUUUUCCAUAAGAUCUUCCGGGUAUUGUCCGGACGAUUCCGGAAAGCGAUGAAUUCAACUGACCAAAUAAAUAAGAAACAACAACAACAACAAAUUCCUCCUUAAUAAAAGCGCAAUCUAAAUCAGAAUGAAAAAAAAGGAAGGCAACCGGAUUGAUAAACGAGAGUUAACGGUGCGGAGGAGGGAAAAAUCGUAAUCCCGAAAAAGGGCCAUCAGAUAUAUAUCACGACAUUCCGAAACCCCUUUCAAAGAAGGCAUUUCUCAGUAGAUGAUAAAGAUCGGAGGAUUUUUCUUGAGCAAUCACGACCCUACCCUCCCCCGAGCCACCCACGCUUUUACUUUAGACACAUCCGGACGGUCUACAAAUCGGUACGCUUCCAACCUCCCACCCGUCCCAAAGGUUUUUUUUUUUACACCAGCAUCAGCACACCUGACUGUCUUAACGUCCAUCAACGUCCCACUCACACGAAAGAGAGAGAAAAAAAAACUCCUGUCGGCUGUCGGUUCGUCGUUCAACGUGUAUCCCCCCCCCCUCUCCUUUUGUUUUUGUUUAUGGGAAGGUGGGGGGAAUUCCGAUAACGAAACCGGAAUCAAAAUGUUUGGGUCGACUUGUUGUGUGUCUCUCAGCUCACACAAGUGUCUUGCAUCAUUCAGUUCGGAAACCUAAACAAGAAAAUAAAAUAAAAUAAGAAUCAAAUCACCUCCGGUCAUGUAACAACACACAGCUAUGUGCUGCACUCCGUGCAAAUUCCCCCUUUCUCUCUUCAUUCGCCCAACUAGUUUCGUGCAAACCAGAAAGUAUAUAUGCGUAUGUUUGCUGUCUGUAAGCUGUAUGUAUGUGAAUUUCUGCCCGUUGGUGAAAAUGUGUAUCCUGCUGUACUGUUCGUCUAGAUUUUGUGGAGGGCUGGGAUUUUGCUUUUGUUCAUAUUUUCCAUCCGCUGAUCCAACGGGUCAAUACCGAUGACCCGUUUUCUACAAUUCCGUUUGUUUAAAAAAUUUUUGCUGCUUGGAAGAACCCAAAGUUCUUUUGAUUUUUCUAUUUUAUUUGCAUUAAGAAAGAAACCAACCCGACCAGCCCACACAAACCAUGAAUUAAAACAAGUGCCGAUAGCCCCACACUGUUGAAUGUUCCCAAAGAGAAUUACGAAAUAAUAAUAAACGAUGGCUUCCAUUUUUUA